AUGAGCAUGAAUGGAUCCACCAUUGCAGAGUUCAUUUUGCUGGGCUUCUCCUGUUCCCGCACUGCCCAACUCUUCAUUUUUGUCCUGGUCUUGGCCUGCUAUACCACCAUCCUUCUGGGCAAUGUCCUGAUCAUGGUAACUGUGUGGUCAGAGCCUCAGCUCUUCCAAUCCCCCAUGUAUUUCUUCCUUGCCAAUUUGUCUCUCAUUGAUAUGUCUUUGGGUUCAGUGGCAGCUCCAAAGUUAGUGACUGAUCUGUUGAACAAUGGGAAUGCGAUUUCCUAUGGGGGCUGUAUGGCCCAGCUCUUUGGUCUCCACCUCUUUGGGGGUGCAGAGAUGUUCCUCCUCACCCUCAUGGCCUAUGAUCGCUAUGUGGCCAUCUGCCACCCACUGAGAUAUACAACUAUCAUGGGUCAGCGACGUUGCUUCAGUCUCCUCAUACUUUGCUGGAUCGGAGCCUUCAUUCAUUCCAUUUUCCAAAUGGUGGUGAUUGCCCAGCUUCCAUUCUGUGGGCCCAAUGUGCUGGACAAUUUCUUCUGUGACAUCCCACAAGUAAUAAAGCUGGCCUGUUUUGACAUCUAUAUUGCUGAGAUCCUCAUGUUGUUCAGUGGCAGCCUGAUAACCCUCCCCUGCUUUCUGAGCUUGCUGGUUUCUUAUGUGACCAUCCUGGCUACCCUCUGUGGCCGUUUUGGAAAGAGUGGUAGUAAGGCCUUGUCCACCUGCAGUUCCCACCUGACAGUAGUUGGCCUGUUCUAUAUGCCCAUUGUCUUUGUCUAUAUCAAGCCUUUCUCCAGUUCCCAGGUAGAUAAGAUGGCCUCUGUGUUCUACAUGGUGGUCACCCCUGCCCUCAAUCCAUUGAUCUACACCCUGAGGAACCAAGAAAUGAAAAGAGCCACGGAGAAGCUGAAAAACAGGUGUAAACAUCUCCUCUUGCCUCAAGGGUGGUACAUGUGUAAGAUUUCCUUUCCCUAUCAAAGACAUUGUUGUGCAUAUGAGUCCUAA